AUGGCUCGAUCGUAUUAUCAUGAUGCAGUUGGUGCCUUACUGGUCUAUGAUAUCGCCAAUCGGGAGUCGUUCAACGCUCUUUCCAACUGGCUUAACGAUGCUCGACAGUUGGCUUCACCGGAGAUUGUCGUUAUUUUGGUUGGGAAUAAGAAAGAUCUUCAAGUCACCAAUUGGGAAGCUAAUGCAUUUGCCCAGGAAAACGAUUUACAAUUCAUUGAGACAUCUGCCCUGACCGGUGAGAAUAUUGAUGAAGCGUUCCAACAGUGUGUCAGAGCUAUUUUGGAAAAAAUCAAAUGUGGUGACCUCGAUCCGGAUCGACUUGGCUACGGUCGUCAGCGAGGCGUUUUGGGUGGUCUGUCUGCCGGAACCGAACCACUUCCCCUACCCACCGUUACCUCAACAACGGAAACCUAUCACAAUGACUGUACAUGCUGA